CUCCACAUCACACAACGGUAGCACACGAUGAAGACACUGGUUGUGCUAGCCGCCCUAACGGCGGUCGCCGUAGCCGGGCCCACAUACCGGGCCGGCGACACAGACCUCGACAUCACCAAAGAGAAGAGAUCACCGACUUUCGGGUCCGUCCAACAUCACCUUCCACUGCCGAUCCAUCACCACCAACCCUACGUGCAGCCAAUCAUACCGCACCAUCUGGGUCUGAAGAAACCUUUGAUUGUAUCGCAACCUUAUGGACACCAUCACGGCCACAUCUUCCGUUCUGAAGAGGAACAACUGGAAACUCACUCAUCUGAAGCCAAGGAAUCGAAGAAAACUUGCAUGAAGGAGAUGGAGGCGAAGUGUGACGAUGAAGUCUCUGCCAGAUCAAGCGAAGUUGAAGAAGCCACUAAGGUAGAAGAUAUCGACGGAAGCGUAUCUGAUAGCGAAGUAGCACAGAGCUUAAAGAUGGCAAAAGAAGCUGUUGAUACCUUACAAAAAAAGCUGCAGUUAGCUGAAAAAAAUCCCAGAAUGACGCAAUGGAAACAUGGAGAGUCGGUGGCUGAUGGUAACAUGCACGACAACGUUGAAACGGCAAAAUUAGCUCUGGAGCAUAUGCAGCGCAACUUUGGCAACUUGGAAUCUAUGAACGUACACGCCAGAGCAUUUAAGGAUUCUGAAAUACAUGAUGCGAGUUUGAAGCUUGAACCAGCAUUCAAGAGUUCCAACGACCUGAAAACAGAUGAGGAACGAUUAGCUCAAUGGAAAGAUGCCAUUGAUACUAUCCAGAAAAACGUCGAAUUAGUCAAAAACAUUGAAGAUAGUUUUCAGAAUAGCGCUCAUUCCGAGAAGUCUGCUACUAUUGAAAAAAGCUCGAGUCUCAACCAUGAGAUAAGCGAUGAUUUGAAGAAGAGCGCCAUCGAAAUAAAGAAAGAAAAGAGUUCUGAAAAGCAUAUUUCAGACAUGAAGUCAGUUCGGGAUUUGGAAAAAAAAUCGUCUGAUGUUACUUCAGUCUUGCAGGCACGUAAGAAUGAAGAGUCACAAACAGAAGACAUGAAGAUAGCACAGAAUAUGGAGGAAAAAUCGACAGAUGAAAAAUCUAGUUGGCAGGCACGAGAGCAUGAAAAGUCUUUUGAUUCCAACAAUGAGAUGGAAACUUCUGCAUCUACAUUAAGCGAGUCAAAAACAACCUUACACAAUACAAAUGACCAAGCUUUUAGAAGCGAAAGUAGUCAGUCUGAAAAAAAGACUCAUAUGCUGUCUGUCCCGACCGCGAAAUCGAUGGAUAUCAAGUCAUCCAUUUCCCAGCUAAGCCAGCCGAAAUCAAAUGAAGACGGUGAUAUGAAACAAGCAAAGCAAGCGCACAUUGAAAUCGAAAUGGAUUCUCCUCUAGUUGAUACCGCCACAUUCAUGAAGUCUGCUGAGCAUAACCAAGCUGAACAGCAGAAGCAAAUCGAGCAUUUCAGUUCAAAUGGACAUUCUUUACACAAAGAGCAUGACAUGAGCACUCACGAGCACCAGAAAAUGGCAGAAGAACAUCACCAAGCUGGACACUCAUCUCAUAUUGGUCAUAGUUUGAACUCGCAACAAGCUGAACUCUCAUCUCAUAUGGGUCAUGGAAUGCACUCGCAACAAGGCGACCACUCAUCACAAAUGGGUCAUAGUAUCAUCUCGCAACAUGAUCAUCAGAAGUUAUCGAGCCCCGUCAUGCACCCCAAAGAAGCUCAAGAAAUCAGUUUAGACCUGCCUAAAGAGAGCAAAUUUUUGGAUCAACCUAAAUCUGCAAUCUCCAUCAUGAACGGUAAAGAGGCACAUGAAAUGAUAAUGAAGUCAUCUGAUCAACUAACUGGACAAAGUCAACUAUCCGGAGCGAUUGUUAAGCACGAUGAGCUUGUUCCAUCCGGACAUCAUUUAGAAAAGUUACACCCCUCAUUAUCUCACGGCGCUCACGGCAAAUCGGCUGAAGGUGGAUCCCUGUUUGCUCCUAUCGGAAUGAACUCUGACUUUAAAGAAGCUUUAGUUCCGAAGGCUUGGAAGGAGGCGCAGGCUAGAGGAGCUUACGGAUCCGGAGCAGCGGGAUUGAGCAGCUACGGCUCCGGGUAUGGCUCUGGAUCAGGUGCUGUGGGCGUGUUCCCGAGCGCGCACGUCGGUGGCUGUGCUAUCCCGCUGCUAUUGAGCUGUUCUCCGAACGUUGUGGCCGGCCACUUGGCCAAGGGCCAUUCGUACGCUGCCGCGCCCAGCUACGGCGCUUCAGGGUACAGAGGCAGUGACAACCUCAGCUCGCACUCCAAACGCGACAUCACGAAGAUCAGCCGUUCAUUAAAAAUAAAACGGGCUCCGACCAACAAGGGCCUACAACAUAAAACUAUUCUGAUAACCGAUAAGCUUUAAAAAAACUUAAAAUAAUGUCUUAAGCCGCUACAAUGAAACUGACUUUGUAAUUUUAAAAUGUAGUAUUUAGGAGAGAUAAUUACUUAUUUAUUAAUUAAUUUAUUUUUUGUAUUAUUCAAAUAUAGCAAAGCAAUCACAAAUAGAUAAUAAACUAUUUACAAAAAUAUUA